GCAGCUAGGAGGCCGCGCCUCUUCCCGCUGCAGCCGUCCUGGCUACCGUAGGGCUCAGUCUGUGCCAGGGCGGGGCGUCGUGUGUGAAAGGGACUUGCCCGCAGGCCAUGCGUCCUUGCUCCCUACGCGCCGCGCCCAGCGGGCUCUCCUCCCAGGUGCGCGGCGCGGGGCGCGGGGCCGCGGGGGCUGCGGGGGCCGCGGGGCCCGCGGGACUUUCUCCUCCCCACCUCUUGGUACCCGCAGGGACUCCGCGAGGGGGAACUGGCCCCCGAGGAGCCGGCCUCAGGGAUGCGGGACGCCCCGUGAGUGGCAGCCGGGCGCAGGGUCCCCUGGAGCAGCUCCGGGAGUGCGAGGCCGCGGAGAUGUCCCAUCCCGUGCUCCUAAGGGACUGCGGGGUAGCAGCGUCUCAUCGGGAGGAGAGUACAGAAGAGGAAGAAAUGGCUGCUCUCUGCCUGACAGCCAGACCCCAGACAUCAGUGACUUUCAAGGAUGUGGCCAUGGACUUUACCCCAGAAGAAUGGGGAAACCUGGACCCUGUACAAAGGGAUGUGAUGCUGGAGAACUAUAGAAACCUGGUCUCAUUUUCAGGGCUUCCAGUUUCUAAACCUGAGAAGUACAAUUUGGAGGAUAAAAAGGAAAUAUUGAUACUGGAGAGAAAAAUCCCACAAAACAGCUAUUCAGACCUGGAGACUAGAACUGAGAGGAAAGAUUCAACUUCAGUGCAAGGUUUUUCCAAAGAAGAAUCAUGCCAUGUUGCAGUCAUAGACAGAUUGAGAAGGAAUAGUUUCUGUGACUCCAAAUUAGAAGAAACUCCUCACUGUGAAAAUUGGUUAGAAAAUUGGCAAGAAAAUAAAGAGAGACAUUUAAGCAAAGUUUUCACACACAUACAGUCACCACUACCUGAAGAAAGAGCUCCUGAGCAUGAUGUAUGUUGGAAAAGUUUUGGUGAGAAAUCUAUCUAUCUCACUCAAGCUAGAGUUCCCAAAGGAUCAUAUGCCUUUCACAUGUUUGGACAAAGAUUGAAACAGAAGUCAAACUUAGUGAAAAAACAGAGAGCCUGUAAAGAGAAAAAACCUCAUAAAUGUAAUGACUGUGGUGAACUUUUUACUUACCAUUCAGUGCUUGUUCGACACCAGAGAGUUCACACUGGAGAGAAGCCCUAUAGCUGUGAUGAUUGUGGAAAAUCUUUUAGCCACAAAGCUAAUUUAACUAAACAUCAGAGGGCUCAUACCAGAAUUCUUUUUGAAUGCCAUGAAUGCAAGAAAUCCUUCACAGAAAGUGCAGCUCUUGAAAUGCAUCAGAGAAUCCACAUUGGAGAGAGACCUUAUGAAUGCAAUGAAUGUGGAAAAGGUUUUAAUCGAAGUACACAUCUCGUGCAGCAUCAGUUGAUUCAUACUGGGGUAAAGCCUUAUGAAUGUAAUGAAUGUGAAAAAGCUUUCAUUCAUUCAUCAGCACUUAUCAAACAUCAAAGAACUCAUACUGGAGAAAAACCUUAUAAAUGUCAGGAUUGUGGGAAAUCCUUUAGCCAUUGCUCAUCCCUUACAAAACAUCAGAGAGUUCAUACUGGAGAAAAGCCAUAUGAAUGUAGUGAAUGUGGGAAGACCUUUAGCCAGAGCACACAUCUUGUUCAACAUCAGAGAAUUCAUACUGGAGAGAAACCCUAUGAGUGUACUGAUUGUGGUAAAACCUUCAGUCGAAGCUCAAAUUUUGCUAAACAUCAAAGAAUCCACCUUGGAAAGAAACCAUACAAAUGUUGUGAAUGUGGGAAAGCCUUUAUUCAUUCAUCAGCUCUUAUUCAACACCAGAGAACUCAUACUGGAGAGAAACCCUAUAAAUGUAAUGAAUGUGGCAAAAGCUUUAAGUGUAGUUCAUCCCUCAUCAGACAUAAAAAAAUUCACAAUGAAGAGCAUACCUGAAAAAUUCCUGAAUACGAAGACAUAUGUAAGUUGUUUUUUUCACUAUAUUAUGUACCAGAGUGUUUAAAAGACCCAUAAAGUGCUGCUUGAUGCCUAAUUCCUUAUGCAUCUGUUACUUUUUAAAUAGUUUUGAGCCAUGCAUAAAUGGUUUAUUAAUUAUAAAUACAUUUAACUUCUUAAUACAUGCCUCAGGUUUUAUCUUCAGCUCUCCUAAGUACUUUUUGGUGGAUAUUCAAGAAAUCCUUAGGAAUAUAGUUAAUAAUUACUAUUAAAUCCAAGUUUCCCUGUUUUUUCACAUAAAACCCUAUUUCUUGCUUUUUACUUUAUAAGGAAGUUCUUUUCUGGUAAGUUGGAUGAAGAAUUUCUAUCCUUGUCAGGAAGAUAUAAUCUGAGUCUUUACACUUUGGUGUUAUUCUGAACUAGAAAAUGGGUCCAAGUGUUAACUGUGAUUUUUUGGUUGUUGUUUUGGUUUUUGGACCACACCAGCAAUGCUAAGGGGCUAUUCCUGAGUCUGCACUCAAGAAUAACUCCUGGAGGUGCUUGGGAGACAUCUGGGAUGCAGAAGAUAUAAGCCAGUUGGCCUCAUGCAAAGCAAGCACUCUACCUGCUGUGCCAACCCCCACUGUAACUUUUUUUUUUAUGUCCUUUAUUCUUUGCAUUGGACAAAUCCUUGGUUUUCUCUAGUGUCAGGGAGACUCCAUUUCUUUAUACUAUUCAGCUCUCUAAGCUGUGCUUUUCCAGUUUUGAGGAAAAAAAUCCCUAGGAUAUUUAGGGUCUGAAAAGCUAAUGAGCUCAAUGUGUUAUAUUUAGAAUCACAGAAAAGAAGAACUGAAAGAACUGUGUGACAGAAGGACAUACCUUCUUGUCACAUGAAAGAAGGUUUAUGGGACAAGGACUCACUUAAGGAUAGUUUCUUUCCACAAAGAAAUUGCCAUUUCUCUGGCCUUUGUGUAUACCUACAUUUAUUAUUGUUAUUGUUCUGUAUAUACUGUUUGGUCUUUGCUAUAUCUAAGAUCCUUAAAGGAAAUAAAAAAAGCUUAAACCCCAUUUAUAUAUUGAUAUAAAUUACAUGGGUAACCAAAGAUCAGUAAUGGUAUUAAAAUAAGGAAGCAAAUGUUCAAUAAAUAUUUAUUAAAACACUAUACAAAUAUCAGCUUUUAUUGUUACUCUGUUACAUAGUAUAUGGAAAGGUUAUAGAAAAGAUAGAAAUAGUAUAAAUUCCGUUCCUAAAUCCUGUCCCUUAUGAACAUACAGAAACCAGUCCAUGCUCUUGUUCCCUCCAUACUAUCCGUGUUACUUAUUAUAAAUGCAUCUGUGUAAAUUUCAGUUCUGUUGUUGCAGAAAAGUAGAGAAAUAGAGCUUUAAUAAGUGGUGACAAUGGAAGUAAGGUCAUUAAGGAUGAAUUUAGUAUAAAUUGUCAAUAAUGGGAAUCAAAGAAAACAGUUGGUGGGCUGAAGCUAUAGCACAGCAGGUAGGGCGUUUGUCUUGCACGCGGAAAACCUGUGAUCGAUUCCCAGCAUCCCAUAUGGUCCCCCAAGCACAGCCAGGAGUAAUUCCUGAGUGCAUGAGCCAGGAGUAACCCCUGUGCCUCACCGAGUGUGACCCAAAAAAAAAAAACAAAAGAGAAAACAGGGAAUGAAACUGAAGGGAUUGUGAAGUUAUUUUGAAAAUAUGUUUAAAAACAUGAAAGGGCUAGAGUACAUACUUUUCAUGCAGAAGACCUGGUCUCUUCCUGUUUUCCUUAGCACAGUAUGCCAGAACUAGCCCAUGAGUACCUCCAGAUGUGACAAAAAAAAAUUCUAAAUGAUAGACAUUAAAGGAGUGGAAGUACAUAGAAAGCUGCAAGUUCAAAGACAGUUUAGGAGAAUGACUGACAGAAACAACCCUUUUCAUUACCUUAAUAGUCAGAUUAAUGGUCUAAAACAAAAAUUGACAAAAUAACCCGGACCCAUGGACCAAGUUCAGUUUGCUGCAUUUUCUCUCUAUUUUAUUGGAGCUCACCUACACUUAUUCACCAAUAUAUUGUCUGACUUUUUUUGUGCUACAAUUAGCAGGCAGGGUUAAGUAGUUUCAUUUGAGAUUUUAUGUUGUAAAAAGCCAUAUAAUCUCUAUGAAAACAAAAAAACAACCUGUGAAAAGAAAUUUUUUGGAGACCAAUAUUUGACUAACAAAGUAAAGAUAGAUUUUGGUUUUAAUCCAGCUUUAAUCAAUACUUUAAUUCUACAACCUCCAAUAAACUAUGGUAUUUUGAAAUACUUAACUCUAUGAGCCUAGUUUCUCUUUGGAAUGAGAAUAAAUUAACCUUCUAACAAGAUUGUAAUAGGGUUAAAUUAAAAUUGGGUUGUUUUUUUUUUUUGGCUUUUUGGGUCACAACUGGUGAUGCACAGGGAUUCCUCCUGGCUCUGCACUCAGGAAUUACUCCUGGCAGUGCUCAGUGGGCCCUAUGGGAUGCUGGGAAUCAAACACAGGUCGGUGGCAUGCAAGGCAAAUGCCCUACCCGCUGUGCUAUUGCUCCAGCCUCAAAUAAAAGUAUUUUUAAAAAUUGGCAGAGUAAGUAUCUAUAUAGAAAGCCUUAUCCUUGAAUGAAGAGAUGACUUGUCUAUUUGACCUGUUAAAGCAGUGCUACAAACUGAGUGGUUAAACAACAAAUAUUUUUUGAAGUUUGGAGUUUGGAAGUCAAGAUCAAGUCUGGCAGAUCUGAUUUCUGGUGAGAGUGCUUCCUGGUUUGUUGACAGCCUCCUCUUAGCUGUGCCCUCACAUGGUGAAACAGCAAGAGCUCUCUAAAACUACUUUUGUGAGGUCACUAAUCUUAUACUCUACUCACAUGAACUAAUCACUUCCCAAAAGCCCCAUCUCCUAAUAGUACUAUGUUGAAAAUCAGGUCUGAACAUGAAUUUGGGAUUAACACAAACAUUCCAUGCAUAGCAAGUAUCUAAUCAUCACUCAGUAUAAAUGCUUAAGAUGAAUGCAUCUAUCAUAACUUUUGUUUUAAUUAUGAAACCAAUUAUUCUGCUUUCUGUGUCAGAGAAGGUUUUAGUUUUUUUUCCCUCAUGGUUUGUAAUAUAAUUGCAGUAUAAAAUAAUAUUAAGCAAACCUGGGAUUUCUCUAAGUGGUACUGAAAACUGGACCUUUGCAUUUCAUUUUUAUGUUUUUAUAUACAUUUAUAUUCUUUUUAGUUUUGAAUCUGACUUUUGUACUCCUUUAUAAAUCUUGGGAAUUUUAAUGUUCUGCUAUUCAAACAUUUUUGGUUAUCUAUAAACUAAAUUUUACUGCUCUCAUUGACACACUGUCAAUAAAAAAUACUUGCAUGUUGUUAGAAAUGUAUAUAGUAUGGUUUUAAUUUCCAAUUUAAGUAUAUUUUACAAGGUUUGUAAUAGCUGUACAUUUUACAAGGUUUGUAAUAGCUGGAACCGUAGCACAGCGGCUAGGGCAUUUGCCUUGCUCUCUGCUGACCGGGUUUGAUUCCUCCAUUCCUCUUCGAGAACCCGGCAAGUUACCGAGAGUAUCCCGCCUGCACGGUAGAGUCUGGCAAGUUCCCCGUGGCGUGUCCAAUAUGCCAAAAACAGUAACAACAACUCUCACAAUGGAGACGUUACUGGUGCCUGCUGAGCAAAUUGAUAAACAAUGGGACAGAGAGAGAGUGCUACAGUUACAAGGUUUAAAGAUUAGAGCCACCCAUAAAAAUAUUUCAGUCAUUCAAAAAAAAUAAUAUUUUUCAUUACUCAUUUAAAUUUCACAACUUCUGGACAAAUGGACUGGGGAAAAUCUUCCACAGCUCAUAUAUGAACGAGAUAUUUAAAAGAAUAGAGGAACAUUGUUUUUGCCAAGUGGCACUGAGUUCUCUAAGUUCAGGUACUACUUAGUAAGCAUUAUGGAAGAAAAGAAGAACUUCAUGUAAGAAGUACAGCUACACAGUUAAAAGCAGGAUGCCUAUGUUGACAUCCAUAACUCUAACAAAAGCAGCUAGUCUGCCUUUGAAGGAACAGAUAAAGUGACACCUCCUUGAGAGGGUAAAAAGGGUAUUGCUGAUCCUGACCCUUUGGCAGUUCCUUCUCCUCCUUGCUUAUAUAAGAAUAGGGAAGAGGUAUUUCUGUGUUGAUGGCCCUUUUCCAAAAGGAACAGCAGGAUUGAUCUUAGGGAGAAGCAGUAUGACUUUGCAAGGUGUUAAUGUAAAAGUGGGACUCAUUGACAGUGAUUUUGUGAAUGAAAUCUCAAUUAUAGUCACUGUUCAAGCGGAUAUCAGAAUAUUUAAAGGGGAACCUAUUGCUCAACUGCUUUUGCUCCAUGCAUACUAGGAAAAAAUACAGGCAUGAAAAGAAAAGGUAAUUUUGGAAGCACUAAUGCAGAAAUAUUUUGGGCAAAAAAGAUUACUGAUGAUAAGACUACCUUUGAGGAUGGGACAAAACUGGAGGGUGUGUUGGAUUCAGGUGCUGAUGUUACUGUUGUUGCCUCUCAUCAUCGGCCUAUGGUUUGGCAAAAGCGUUGUGUGAACGUUACUUUUUCUGGUAUGGGAGUGGUCACUGAUGUUCAACAGAGUGUGCAACCUCUUCAUUAUAGUGAUCCUGAUGGAGACAUGGCAAUCAUCAAGCCAUUUAUUGCUCCAAUAGCUAUCACCCUAUGGGGACAAGAUUAGUUGCAAAAACUUGGUGUGAAAUAUAUUAAAGAGGUGUCUCAGCAAUCGCCUUUUUAAUUUGGGCCGCAGCUCAAAGAAAAGCUCUCCCAAUAGAUGGAAAAAGGUUCAGCCUGAUUGGGUUGAGCAGUGGCCCUUAACAAAAGAAAAACUUAAGGCUUUAUAUGAAUUAGUUAUAGAACAGUUUGAAUUGGGACAUAUUGCUUUCCGCUCUAGUCCCUGGAAUUCACCAGUAUUUCUUAUCAAGAAAAAGACUGGUAAAUGGCGAAUGUUAAGUGAUCUAAGAAAAGUUAAUGACUGCAUGGAACCAAUGGGCCCUUUGCAAAUGGGCCUACCUAAUUUGGCCAUUAUUCCAAAACAGUGGAAUAUUAUUAUAAUUGAUCUGAAAGAUUGUUUCUAUACUAUCCCUUUGAGAGAAAAGGAUAGAGAAAAGAUUUAAAAAUUAGAUUGUGGCACUUACAGAGAAAUUGAUAUUCUCAAUCUAAAAUAUUUUAUUGAAAUAUGCUGCUAUGAAGGAAGAAAUGUAAAAUUAGAGCAUGAACUAAGAUGAAAAUUGUUAAAGAUUGGUGUAAAAAGUUCAUGAUUUGAAAUAUCUAAGAUAUAAAAACUAUUAAAAUUAAUUAAAAAUAUGUUUUCCUUAUGCUUUGUAAAAAUGGUACAAGUUUUUGUUAUGUUGGUACAUUUUUCUCUAAAUAUAUUAUAAUUUUUGUUUGUAUCUGCAUUAUAAUGAGUUGUUCAAAAGAGAAUUGAAAUAAUUGUAUAUAAAAACAGGUUCAAAAGGUACUGGUUUUGGUUCAAAACAUAAGUUUUAAGAGAUAACAGAUUUAUUGUAUAAGACUGGAUAAUAUUCCAUGCAUAUUUUAUUGGAACAUCUUUGAAGUUUGAGAAGGAGGAAGUUUCUAUUUUUAAUUAUGGAUGCCGGUUAUUCUUCUUUGGCUGUGAGAGAAGAAUCUGAUAAUGGGAGUAACACAAUCAGUUACUGAUUGUGGAAAAACCUGGACUGUGGAUUUCAUCCAGAAAUGGCAUGAAAGUGUUGUUUUUGUUUAGAGACUAAUUGAUCUUCGUUGACAAAUAUGUCUGAACCAGGACUGGAACUGGAAUACUACUUAAUAUGUGUAAACUUUGUAUAUGUAAACUCUGUAUUGUAAAUGAAAAAGAAUUUCGUAGAAUAAGGUUAGAUUUUCUUAAAACAUUGAGGUAUUGCUGGAAAGUUUUGUGAGAAUGUUUGUAUUGUUUGUUACUGGUCAUUUUAAACAAAAAAGGGGGAAAUGUUGGUGUACAACAUCUCACAUAUCUUAAGUCUAGCUAGGCUUGGAUGUAAAAAUUGUUUUUCCAUUACUGUAACUGACUAUGUUUCCGUUUAUGUAACUGACUUUGAUUCUGUUUGUUGACUAAGUUAAUUUGCAUAUUCUGCCUUUGUGGCUAAAUAUCAUUGGUUAGGAUAUUAAGCUAGUUAAUAAAAAGGGGCUGAACAGGCUGCUCUGGGUCACAAUGCCAGAGAUAGUUUGUGAUCCUCUGUAAAUUAUU